GGGCUGCCUGUUGAGGAUAGGGAGGUCUGGUGUGGCCGAAGCAUGUAGUUGGUGGGGGAUGUGGGGUGGGGGUGAGGCUAGACAGUUAAGGGGAGGGUUGUACCACUCAGCUCACAGACCUGCUUUGUGGGUGGGGUGCACUGGGGUUUGUGAAGCAGUUAGAGUCAUCGUGGCCCCUCGGGGCUCCGCUGCUCCCGUCUCCCAGGCGGAGUGCACGUUGGCGGUGGGCUGUGUGUUCACGCCUGAAGCUAGCACUCUCACUCCUCACUCAUAAACUCCCCCAGAGUCCCGGUGCUUUUCAUGGGGGGCUGUUCAGCAUCCUCUUGGAAGGACCGAAUCUCUAACCCUUGGAGCCUGGAAGUGCCAUCUGAUCAGAAAUUGGGUCUCUCUUGCCCACUGGGGACAGUCUCCUGGUGCAGAUUCCCUGCACACAUUCCCCAGAUGGUAAAAUUGCUUCUUAGCCCAGGAGGGAGGGGACUGAGUAGGAAGCCCUGGGGAGCUGGUGGCAGGGGAAGGAGUUUGCAAAUCGGGGGGUUUUGGGGCCUUUACAUGACGAGGCAGCUGAGGGGGUUGCUCCUAGCGUCUGUUCUCUAAGAGGCAGUUAAGGAGCAGGAGGAGCUGAGAGUAGCCGAGAGGGAUCUGGUCAGUACCCCAGUCCUGGAAACAUCUGUUUGGGGCUAAAUGUCUUGUUUUCAAGCCUUGUCUGGAAAACACGGCACGUCUGAGUUUGGUGUGCGGGUUGUGAAAAUAUCGAGGAGACGCAGGUUUGGUUGGCACCGUAGGUUACCUCGGGCAUCGCUCUCGUGUCCUUGCCCUUCCAGUCCCUGGAGCCCUUCCAGUCCCUGGAGCGUCCGUCACCUCCUUCCACACCCAGCUGCACCUCUCCGGGGCACUCCUGGUGGGGCAGGUGUCCCCUUGGGGGCUCUGGAAGAGUGGGGCUGCCCUCCCCUGUGCCCGGGUAUCGUGCCAGUGUUCCUGAGAGGGCAGCCAGACUCUCUUCUCUCUUAGUUUAUUUUACAAAAUUACUAAUGAAAGAUCUUCUGAUGUAGGGAUCUCUCAGAUGUGCAGAAGUUUGGUCCUAUCUGAUAAUGCUCAGGGAUCUGUACUUUUUAUUAAGCAUCUUCUGUGGUCCUCUUUUUCUGACUAAACUGCAGAUCUCAUUUCGUGCCUUCUGUGUUUAUCCAGUAUUAUCCUCAGCUGACAUUUUCUGUAUAUAAUUCCCACUUUCCUUUCCCUGCUGCUUAAUUUAAUGCAGUGUGCCACAUACAGGUGAUGGGUGGAUGGGUUGCUGAAUUUAUUCUAAUUGCCCAGGAAACAAUGACAGCACCUUAUACUUGAAGUUUAAGGGAAGUAUUUUUAACUUCAGCAUUAGAAAAUAUGCUUAGUGAAGUGGAUAUUUAUACCUGUAUCUCUCUAUAUAAAACAUCGUACACAUUGAAACUAUUUUAUUACAUAUUAAAAUUUGUUUUUUGAGGUGUAAUUCACAUACCAUAAAAUUUACCCUUGAAACGUUUUUGCGAUAAAAUUUGCAUUAAGUUCACCAUUUUGGUCACCUUAAAGUAUACAAUUCUGUGGUUUUCAGUACAUUCACAAUGUUGUAUAAUCAUCACCACUAUCUAAUUACAGAACAUUCUUGGGGCACCUUGCUGGCUUAGAAGAGCGUGAGACUCUUGGAGUUGUGAGUUCAAGCCCCACGUUGGGUGUAGAGAUUAUUUACAUUUAAAAAAAUGCUUAAUUACAGAACAUUUCCAUCACCCCAGAUAGAAACCCUGUAUCUCCCAACGUCUCCGUGACUCCAGCCCUGGGAAACCACUUGUCCAUGUUCUGUCUCUGGAUUUGCCGAUUCUGGACAUUUCCCGUGAGGGAGUGAUCAGUAUGUGGUCUCGUGUGACUGGCUCCUACUCAGUAUAACGUUUUCAGAUUUGUCUGUGCCGUAGUGGGCAUCAGUGCCUCAUUCCUUUCCAAGGCCACGUGAUACUCCGGAUAUGACUGGACCACGUUUUGCUAAUCCAUUCAUCCAUCGAUGGACAUUUGGAUAGUUUCUACCUUUGUGGAUAACAUAGCUGUGAAUAUUCAUGUACAAGUUUUUAUACGACAUAUGUUUUCAGUUUUUGGGGACAUACGUGGGAAUGGGAUCGCUGGCCGUGUAGUAAGUCCACGUAAAUCGUUGAGGAACUUCCAGACUGUUUUCCCAAGUGCAGCAUUCUGCAUUCCUGCCAGCUGCACAGCCAAUUUCCAGUUUUCUGUAUCCUCACUGUCUUUUUACCACCAUCAUGGCUGUGAAGCAGGACCCAUGUGGUGUGGUUUGUGUCUCCCUAGUGACCAGUGACGUUGAGCAUCUUUUCUCGUGCUUCUUGGUCAUUUGUGCAUCUUUGGAAAAGGGUCUCUUCAGGUCCCUUGCCCAUUUUUUAAUUGCAUUGUCAUUUUAUUGUAAAUCGUAUAUAUUCAAAAGGAAUAUUGCUUCUACAACUGUCCUAGGAGUUCGAAAUGAUGCUUAUUUUGUAGAGCAUUAAAAGUUAGUGUUGUUUCAGUUUUUCCUGGCACUGAUGUCUUAGGAGAUGGACCUGGACGUGUGUCUUCUUCCCAGCAGUGGCCUCAGGAUAACUGUCUCGGGACUGGCUUGGUGUGUGUGGGGGCAGGUAGUGGAGACCAGCCAGGUCCUCAGGACCCCUCAGGGGCUACUCUCUGGGGUCCCCUGGUUCUGGCCAUCACACUGAAGAGGUGCUGAGGACAUGCCCCAGAGGGGGGGUUUGCUUGACUUCCAGAGCGCAGAAGGCAGAGGCGGUGGAGGAGGGGGCCUGGAGGGAGCCCUCUGACCUCAGGUCCCUCAUCGGGGAGCUGAGCUCCAGAGCUUGGCAUGCUGGUGCGUGCCCCACUCCCUUUGCGUGUUGCUGGAGCUUCAGCCUGCGACAUAGCGGCAGCCUGACCGUCAGGUUGGCGCUGUGGGGCUGUGCCGCAUGCCCACGAUCGCGGCUCAGGUCGGGGGAGCCCUUUACCACUGUGCAGUUUGUGGGUUUGCGGGCAGGUGAGGCUGUGAUGAGAAGCUGGUCUUGGACUCGGACUGGGCAGCCUCAUCCUGCAGGCAGUAGGGCGGUCAGGCUGGAGUGCGUGCGUUGUGCCUGGAAUGCUGGUGCAGAGGCCGACCACACAGGUACAUGGGGCUGCUGUCCUCAUCACGGCUUCCAUGUGGGGGAUUUUUAGGGUUCUUUCAGGCUUGAUCUUCAAAAGAAUAUUUGUCAUAAAUUCUUGGGUAAAAUUACUGGCUAGAUUUAGAAACUGUCCUUGGGUUGCUUCUGUCGUGGAUGGAAGUGAGAUCCUUUCUUCCCUUUAGGUACUGACCUCCCCCAGGCAAAGUAAGACAGUCCUGUUGGGGGGGCAUGCAUUUGGGAAUGUUGGACUCAGAGGUGGCGAGGAUGGGCUGAAAUCUCUGAAAACCUUCGGAGCUGCAGUUCUGUUUAAAAUUGGGACUUUAUGGAAAAUCCAGCCUUAGUGUACGAACAGGAGGCGGCUAGGUCAUUACUGUGUUGAUGUUUCCUUGUUAAAAACAUUCAUACUUGGGACAAUCAGGAUGAAUCACCGUGUUUGGUGUUUUGUGCUGGUGUACAGCCAAGAUGCUGUUUGCAGAGCCUUCUCGCUGGUGAGGAUUGUCCCGCAGGGUCGCUGGUAUGUGCCCCCACGGAUCACGGGCCUGAACGCUCCUCUGCUUUGGGGGGGGUCACUUCCUGCACUGGGAGAGGACGCUGGCACUUACGAGUGGAGGCACCUGCUCCAGGAUUUCUUGUUGGGGAAGAAUGAGGAAGAAGGGUGCUGCUGUGGGCCAGGCAGGCACAGGGAGUUGGUGAUGGGCAUAUGUCAGUGGUGGUGUCCUCAGGGCUGGGGCCAAACGUUGGCUUCUGCUCAUGCGUCCCUGUUGACGUGCUCUGUGGACACGCUUUUCAUGGUGGUGUGCUCAUGAGCACAGAGGCUGGAGUAGGGAAAACCAGGAAGCUUGCCGUGUCCCCAGCAUUCCCGGCAGAGGUCUGUGUCGCCUGGAGGACCUUCUGCCUUAUCAAAGUGGACAUGUGGUCAGGCCACGGAGCUCCCCCCCGCCAUAACUCCAAAGACUUGGGAAACAGGGAAUAGCAUCUUCCCACAGAGGAGGUGGGGUCCCCUGUACACGGGAGGACAAGGAGCGUGUGAGCCCAGGGGUCUGACAAGGGUCGUUCCCCACAGGAAUGGGUUCCUGUCCUGUGGUCUGGGGAGUGUGGCUCCUGAGAGCCCCGGGGUGGCAGGAGAGCAGCAGAUGUGAAAAGCCCGGGUCAUGGAGGUGGGCCGUGUGGCCUGGGGCAGGUGUUCACCCUCGCGGUGGGAACAGGGCACUGGGGCAGGCCUGGAGCUCGCAUCUCCGGAGGCCGGGCCAGGUGAGCGGGGAAGCUCGCGUGGCGGGUGCAUGUGGGGGGUGUGGGGGGGUGACAGCCCAGACAGAGCACCCGCGGGCUCCACGGCGGGGGGAGGCGUGUCCCUUCAGCCACCUGAGCAGGGGUUAGGCCUCAGAACCUGGGCAGCCGCAGGGGUCUCAGCUGGGAGGGGGCUCUUCUCCGCUUCUGGGGAAGCUUCAGGUCCAAGUGCCGUCCUGUGUAGUCGACCCCAGACGCAGCUCGGGAACCUGAGGUCUGCUGGUGUGCACGGUGCCAAGCUGGCUCCCGAGCACUGGGGGCCCCUUCUCCCCACUGUGUGGCUGCGUCGCUCCCCAGGCCCCUUCGGGCGCCAGCGUUACGGAGACACCGUCAGCACACAGCAAGCACACGCUGAAGCGUGCGGUUUGGUAAGUUUUGACGUGCGCACCGUGAAACCUUCCCCCGUGGAAUCCGAGACCCCGAACGUGCCUGUCACCCCCACAAGUUCCCUCUGUGACCCCACUUGCCCCCCCCCCAGCAGGCGCCCACUAACCCGCUUUCCAUCCGCACGCCAUUUGCAUUUACUAGACUUUGGCGCAAACGGAAUCGUGCCGUGUGUCCUGUUUCGUCUGGCUUCUUCCACGCGGCAGAGUCGUUUUGAAACGUGUCCGAGUCGUAGCAUGAGCCCGCGGUCCGUUCCGUGUUGGUGUCGGGUGGUAUUGCAUCACACGGCUGCACGGCGGUUUUCUGUGUAUUCACCGGCUCGUGGACAUUCGGGGCCUUUCCAGUUCGGGGCUGUUACAGAACAAGCUGCUGUGAGCGCGUGCGAGGCGGUCUUCAUACAAACGUGUGCUUUCUUUCCCCGGGUGCACGCGUAGGAGCGGACCGGCUGCGUCCGACGGCAUUCCGCGCUCCCACCGGCAGCGCGCGAGGGUCCGGUUGCCCCACGUCCCGCCGACGCCGUUUCUGCUUCUCCAGCGGCGGCUCCUCGUGGUUGUGAGGUCGUGAGCUCAGGGUGUUC